UAGGGCUCGAGCUGGUAGCUACGGAGUCUGUUGAACUGUUCCCGCAACCAUCCAGGUUGAGAAUACAACCGAUAUUUCCCCUCCACAAUGGAUAAUGAGUAUCAGGAACAAGGUCACACAGACAAUGUGCACCACCACCACCAACAUCAUGGCGGUGAACAUCGUCAUGAGCACACAGCCGCCAACAAAGCACAUUUCGACGAAAUGGCAUCCACAUAUGACGAGAUCCCGGGCGCAGUAGAACUGUCGCAAAAGACGUCAGCGGCAAUGCAUACCAAGUUCCCGGAGGUGUUUGACUCCGAGAGCACGCUUGUGAUGGACUUUGCUUGUGGGACAGGAUUGAUCUCUCAGGGGCUGGCGCUAUACGCCAAGUCGAUUGUGGGCAUCGACAUUAGCGAGGCCAUGAUCGCUCAGUAUAACGCUCGGGCAUCGAGGUUGGGGUAUCUCCGAGAGAAGAUGCACGGCGAGUGUGUGGAAUUGGAAGGUGUCGAGUCUGAGUUGCACGGGCGGAAGUUCGACGUGAUUGUUUGCGCCAUGGCAUACCAUCAUGUUCCUUCCAUCGAAGACAUUACCCGCACGCUCGUGCUUCACCUGAGGCCUGGAGGAUCACUGCUAGUCGCCGAUCUUGCGAAGGGCGAAGCUACGCGCGCCUUACACGCUUCGCACGAGAACGGCCAUACGGUGACGAGCAUGGAUGGUAUUGAUGAGGACACGAUGCGUAGCGUUUUUGAAGGAGCGGGAUUGGUGAAUUUCAAGUAUGUCGAUCAUGCUAGUUCCGCGACGUUAAGGGGAAAUGAGCUCGACGUCUUCCUUGCAAGUGGCAUGAAACCGCGUAGUGACUAGCCCAAAUCACAUCGACGUGUAUAUUGUACUUCUACAGAAGGUGAACGUAACAAGAACAGAUGAGUUCAUUCGAACUGAGCAUUCAUGGGUGUUCAUGUUGGAGACUUCGAGUCCGCACACGGCCUGCAUAGAAUCAUUUUUCCAU